UCUUCAAAGCACUCAGACGCAUAAGCAGCUCACCAUAAAGUUGUACCUACUUAACUUUUCAAAGAAGAACCGAAAAACUUCCGGAUACACUCAAAAAAAAAGAGGAAAGGACCAACUUCAAUACUCUGAAAACUUUGUUUGACUUUUCUUUUUUUUUUUUUUUUUUUUUCUCUAAACAAUCCAACCGGAACAAAGGACUCGCCACGCUUUAUGUAUUUGGAUUUAUUAUAUCUAUCCCGCCGUCCUACUAUGGUCAUAAUGGAGGUCCCCACCAUCGACUGUGCGUCUCUCCGUGCCCUGCUGGAGGACGACGUCCCGGGCUGCCUGGUCCUGGACUGCCGCUCCUUCCUGUCCUUCAACGCGUCCCACAUAUCGGGCUCCACCAACGUGCGCUUCAGCACCAUAGUGCGCAGGAGAGCCAGGGGGGGCCUGGGACUGGAGCACAUUGUCCCCAACGAGGACACAAGGAACCGCCUCCUGUCCGGGGAGUACCAGUCUGUGGUGCUGCUUGACGACCGCAGCUCGGACUUAAGCCAGGCGAAGAAGGACGGGACCUUGAUGCUGGCUGUGACGGCCCUGUGUCGCGACCCCUGUGGGGUCAGAGUUUUUAUUCUAGAAGGUGGUUUUGAGACAUUUUCAACAGAUUAUCCAGAGACGUGUACCAAACCCUCCCCUCCACAGGGGCUUAGUUUACCCCUGAGCGCCAGCCAUCCUGAGAGCGCAGACCCAAGCUGUAGUCCAUGCAGUACUCCUUUAUAUGACCAGGGGGGUCCUGUGGAGAUCUUGCCUUUCCUGUACCUUGGCAGUGCUUACCAUGCUUCAAGAAAAGACAUGCUGGACAUGUUGGGGAUCACCGCUCUGAUCAACGUCUCUGCCAACUGUCCCAACCACUUUGUGGACUCCUUCGUAUACAAGAGCAUCCCCGUUGAAGACAACCACAAAGCCGACAUCAGCUCCUGGUUCAACGAGGCAAUCGAGUUUAUCGACUCGGUAAGAAAUAAAGGAGGCCGUGUGUUUGUGCACUGUCAAGCAGGCAUCUCCCGCUCCGCCACCAUCUGCCUUGCCUACCUCAUGCGGACCAACCGCGUGAAGCUGGACGAGGCCUUCGAGUUUGUCAAGCAGCGCCGCAGCAUCAUCUCCCCCAACUUCAGCUUCAUGGGUCAGCUCCUUCAGUUCGAGUCCCAGGUCCUGGCCACUUCUACUUGCUCCUCAGAGGCAGGAAGUCCAGCAAUCGGCAACAACAGCACAGUCUUCAAUUUCCCAGUCUCGAUCCCCGUGCACACCUCAGCUGGUCAGCUCUCAUUCCUCCACAGUCCCAUCACCACUUCUCCCAGCUGCUGAGGAAGAUGUGUGGAGCACAGACUUUGUUUGGACUUGAACUGUAACUCACGAGUGCCUCUGCUUAGAGCACUGGCCAAGACACGGUCCUGAUUAUAAGCCAUUUUAUUGUGAUACUGGUAUCACUGGACAGAAUGGGUAGUAUAGUAUUUGGUGUCAGUUCAUUUGACUAUGUGAUCUGCUGGCCAAAUCUCUGUAGGUUGGCCUCAUCAUUUCAAAGGGAGAUCAGACUACCACCAGGCAGUAUACAUGUUGUGUCGCCUAAAUGUGAAAGUCAUCUGCAAUUUUUAAUCCUGGAUGAUUUGGGAAAUGGCUGAAAAGGUAGUUGAGAUUAUUCCCGUAGAGGAAGUUAGAAGUAGUAAGAAUAUUCUUUACUCAACAGAUUUAUUUUUUUCUUUGUAUGAAGGCAAUUGCUUUUGAUAAUCAUAAUAAUUUUCAAGCAAACUAAAUGGAGAGGGCUAACAGUUGUCUCAGGAAUGUUGACUGAUCCUUCUCAAAUGACCAUUCUGCUUUCUGCAGUGGCUAAAGAAAGCCAUGUCAACACAUUGCCCAACAUGGCGUGGAAGUUACUCUUUCGUUUGACGAACAAUGAAUGUAUCCCCCUCUUUUAAGUGUAGAUGUAGCAGGAAUCUUCAUGUUCAGUUUGAGAGUUGAAUGGGUUGCCAAUUCAAAUGCAAAUACUUGCCUUUCAAGACAUCAUGAAACCUUGACGAUCCUGACACAUUGGGAAAAUGGACCAUUAAAUACCUCAUGUUUCUGUACUGUGUACUGCAGCGCUGAGGUGGACAGAACCCCAAAACUGCUAAAAUGGGGACACGUAGUCCUCAGUGCCUGUAUUCUCACAUAUUUAUUGAACCAAAGUAAUAUAUUUCUCUAUCAUAUCUAUUUUUGCAUAUGUUUGUUGAAAUGUUGUUUUUUUAUACGUUUAAUAAAUCUCAUUUGACUUUUGUA